AUGGUGGCGGCUGCUAUUGCCAUCCUUCUCCAGAAUGUAUUCUCUGCAGUCAUAUGGUCUGCUGCAAAUCCUGAGACUCCAAAGCCGACCAUCUCCAGAGAGGCGAGCACCCAGUCCUCAUCAUCUACGACCAGCCAAGGCUAUGUUUUACCUGAAGGCAAAAUCAUGCCAAACACCGUUUUUGUUGGUGGAAUUGAUGUUAGGAUGGAUGAAACCGAAAUUAGAAGUUUCUUUGCUAGAUAUGGUUCAGUAAAAGAAGUGAAGAUAAUCACGGAUCGAACUGGUGUGUCCAAAGGCUAUGGAUUUGUUUCAUUUUAUAAUGACGUGGAUGUGCAGAAGAUAGUAGAAUCACAGAUAAAUUUCCAUGGUAAAAAGCUGAAACUGGGCCCUGCAAUCAGGAAGCAAAAUUUAUGUGCUUAUCAUGUGCAGCCACGUCCUUUGGUUUUUAAUCCUCCUCCUCCACCGCAGUUUCAGAGUGUCUGGAGCAAUCCAAAUGCUGAAGCUUACGUGCAGCCUCCAACCAUGAUGAAUCCUAUAACUCAAUAUGUUCAGGCAUAUCCUCCUUAUCCAAGUUCACCAGUUCAGGUCAUCACCGGAUAUCAGCUGCCGGUGUAUAAUUAUCAAAUUCCACCACAAUGGCCUAGUGGGGAACAAAGGAGUUACGUUAUACCUCCGGUUUAUACAGCUGUUAACUACCACUGUAAUGAAGUUGAUUCAGGAGCUGAAGUUUUGACAAGUGAAUGCUCGGUUCAUGAAGCUACUCCAUCCUCUGGAAAUGGCCCACAAAAGAAAUCUGUGGAUCGAAGCAUACAGACGGUGGUAUCUUGUCUGUUUAAUCCAGAGAACAGACUGAGAAACUCUGUUGUUACUCAAGAUGACUACUUCAAGGAUAAAAGAGUACAUCAUUUUAGAAGAAGUCGAGCAGUGCUAAAAUCUGUUUGA